AUGGCGUCUUGCUCAGACUGCAAACUAGAGAAAACCAGUCCUCUCCGUAAGCUGUCGCCGUUUGUAGACGAAACGGGAGUCGUUAGAAUGCAGAGCAGAACCGAGUAUUCGCCGUUUGCUGUGUAUGUUGCCAAGUACCGCAUCAUUUUGCCCAAAUGCCAUCGUGUGACGGAGUUGCUAGUAGAUUGGUACCACAGGAAGUAUGCGCAUAGUUACGGUGAGACCGUUGUGAACGAAUUGCGGCAAAAGUUCUACAUUUCUGAACUCAGAGCUGUUGUACGUCGGGUGGCGAAUAGAUGCUGUUGGUGCAAGGUAUACAAGGCGAAACCGGAAACACCACGAAUGGCGCCUCUUCCGGAAGAACGAAUGACGCCGAGAGGAAGGCCGUUUUCCGUAGUAGGCAUCGAUUACUUCGGUCCAUAUUCGAUCAAGGUUGGGCGAUCCAACGUCAAAAAGUGGGUGGCCUUAUUCACCUGUCUGGUGGUGAGAGCGGUGCACCUGGAAGCGCCCACAUCUUUGUCAACUGAAGCCUGUAAGCGUGCUAUACGCCGAUUCAUCGCACGCCGUGGACCCCCACUGAAGGUAUUCAGUGACAAUAGCACGAACUUUGUCGGCGCGAGUCGCGAGCUCCGGGACGAAAUUAAGAUGCUGAAUGAAGGGUUAGCUUCGACGUUCACGAACGCGGAAACCGAAUGGCUCUUCAAUCCCCCUUGUUCUCCUCACAUGGGCGGUGCGUGGGAGAGGAUGCUUGAUUCCCAUGGUGCCAAACAAUCCAAAAAGCGUCCAACCAGCGAACGAGAAGCAUUGACCAGCGGUUGGAAUCAGUGUCAGAAGCUGCUGGAUACAUCCUGGCAAAGAUGGGUGAAAGAAUAUCUCCCAGCACUCAAUCGAAGGACGAAAUGGUACGAUGACGUGAAGCCUAUAGUACCCGGUGACCUUGUGUUCAUAGCUGAUAAUGGUAUUCGUAACCGUUGGAUCCGUGGCAAGGUUGUACGUACAGUUCCAGGGAAAGAUGGAAGGACGCGUCAGGCAUUCGUCCAAACUGGAAACAUGGGAAUCCUGAAAAGACCGGUGGCGAAGCUGGCAAUCGUAGACGUGAGAGAAUCGGGUAAAGCUGCAGAUCCGGAGCAUCUUUACGGGGCGGAGGAUGUUACCACGGAUUAA